AUGUCCCAAUCUACCACAGUUCCAAACCGUAUGGUGACUCGUGCUAAAAACGCUACUCAGCAUCCUGGACACAUUUUGACUGCGGGUCGUGUAAAAAGACAUACCAUUGCUCAGAAAGCUGCUGAUGACCAGCGUGAACAAGAGGAAAUGGAGGCAAGUGAAGCUGCUGUUCAGGAAGGUUAUCAGUGUAUUGCUACUUUACAGGCCAAGAUGCAGGCAGAUGAAGAUGCCGCACGGGUUGACGCACCUAAGCCCAAGCGUCCCCAUGCACGCGCUGUAAAAAGGGUCAUUGGCACCAACGGCAAGGCUGGUGGUGGGCGUGGAGGUAGAAAGGUAGCAGCCAGUGCUAAUGUGGAACACCCUGCAAGUGGUGAAGAGUUGAACAUGCCAGUGCCGGGGGCAGCCAGGGGGAAAAAACCAUUCAAGCAGGUGGUGAGGGAUGCGAUUCAAGCAGUUGUAGACGCUGAUAUUAGUAUUGAUGGAUCAACAAUAACAAAGGCACGUGAUGGAGAUAUCACGUCUGACACCCCUAAGAAAUUUGCACUUGCUGGAUGUAUCCCAGGUUGGAUGUCAACUAUUCCGGCCACCAUAUAUGGGCCAGCCUCCAAGGCAAAUCCCUCUACCGGCACGUCUUCCAUCCAGCGGUCCAACAUAUCCAGCUCUGCUCCCCUUUCUAAACUCACAAAGGGGAGCACUAUGAGUAGCAACAGCACACCCCCACUCAUGCCCAUCAGUACUCCUGAUCCCGAAGGCCACAUGGGGUCUACUUACUCAAGUCUGUUUGCAGAUGACGACUUUGAUGACGAUGAGCCCUCAACAGCUUUUACAAACCAAGGAUUUAUGGGUAUUCAAAUUAGUUCCAAGGCCUUCAAGAAGGUGGUGCCUCCGAAUGUUGCACAUCGUGACACAAUCCUGGUACCUGAUCAGUUCGAUGCCAUUGAAAAUUUUGACAAUGACUUCCUCACUGGCAUGCAUUCAGAUAUCGAUGAUGGGGCAGAUCCCAUCGCGGCCGAUUUUACACAGCCUACCUCCCUAGUGGACUACAAUUCUGAUUCUGACUCUGAGCUACAUUCUUCAGCCCAUGAAUCUGACCUUGAGCCCCCACCCCUCGCACAGAAACCCAGCUCUUGUCGCCCUGUUUUAGUAGACUUCGGCUCGCAGCCAGCAAGUCAAAAGCGGAAAUCGACAUAUCUUGAUGCAGACGACGACUUAAUGACACCGUCAUCUGAAACUGGCAUCACUGCCACACUCAAAGCCCCUGCAGCAAAGCGGCUGAAGUCCUCCAUUCCAGACACUCAGACCGCUGCCCCUCGUACCAGCGCUGCAUCAUCCAAGGCAACAAAGCCACCAGUGGAGGUCCUCCAUCGUUCUCUCUACAGGAUGUGCCACCUUCCUGACGGAUAUUUGACAGGAAACAAGUGGAAGAGAGAGUUCAUCCUGACUGUCCUUCGCUGUGUUGGCGAUCUUGAAGAAUCAGUCUGGAAUGGUGUCUACAAGGGUAAAAUUCAACACACGGUCACUGUUGAUGGGCCCAUUAUCUCCGUGCGGUUGUCAGAUUGGUGCAACGCCCUCUCCCAGUCUGCCCUCAUUGUAUACGCACUCUUCCUGAUCUCACAGGACAAUCUCACUACUGAUAAGGACCGCCAAGACUUUUCACACACCCUCCUUAAGGACUAUGCCUUCUUGUAUGGGGAAAUAACAGACGACAGAGAGAGGUUGUACCCAUUCAAGUCUGAUCUUAUCUUGCAGGUCCUUGUGCACCACAUGACUUCUUCGCUUAAUGCCAUCAACUUGACGCUGGAUACUAAUUCAGGGCUGGGGAAAGGCAUUCUUUCUCUUGUCAUGGCAGCGGUUGAACGCGCUGUCAAGCUUUUGGCUGAGGGACACAUGAUCUUGAGCGAGAUUGACACCACCCACAGAGGCAGAGGCAAAGCUCCCCAGGACAGCACUAUUCCACUGGCAUUUUCGGAUGCCAAUUAUGGCCAGAUCACCCGGUCUUACUUAGCCGCUAUUGAACGUCAGCCAGAGUCGGUCCUUCUCGAGAUCUCGGAGCUCGCACUGAGCAUUGCCAUGAAGAGGUCUGGCGUGCCGACAGACAUGAAUGGCGAGGAAUCUCAGGAUGAGCACGCUCUCAUCUGCUAG